AUGGUUGCCUUGCAAACUGUACACGGGGUUUUAAGGGGUGAAAGGGUGGCUAAGGUGCGGGUUCUCUUUGAUGCGGGAAAUCAUCGUUCCUUUGUUACUUCUAAAGCAGCUAGUCUUGUGAAUCCCAAGGGCUUAAGAAGGGAAUUGUUAGGAAUUAAUACGUUCGGCCAAAAAUGUACCAAUGCCGAGGACAGGCAGGUGGUCGAAUUAAAGCUUGGACCUGUUAACGGGAAUAAGGUUAUCUCCUUAGAAGCAUUUGUAGUGCCAGAAAUCUGUAGAAUACAGAAUAGCCAUGUAGAACUAGCAAGGAGAGAAUACCCACAUUUGAAAGGUAUAUGGUUUUCAGAUGUCUCGAAGUGUCAGGGUGAGCUAGAGAUAGAUGUGUUGAUAGGAGCAGACUACCUCUGGAUUUUCAGACAGGUGUAACCAAGAGAGGUAAAUCUGGAGAGCCAGUUGCCAUAGAAACUGAGUUAGGAUGGGUUUUAUCAGGGCCAUUGAGAGUGCAAGAUAUAGAGGGAGCAGAGUUAGCCCAAGUAAAUUUUGUAGCUCAGACACUGAAUAAUGAAGACAGUUUGGAGA